GGAAGUAAGGGUUUGGAAAACCCCUGUGGACUGCGGUUCACCCCUCUGUCUUUUCCGAUAGGCCGUGGUGCUCGCCGCCGGCCCCCAACUCCUCAUCGUCCUUCUGACCAGCGCGACGACGUCGGAAGGCCACCGCGAUACAGCCAUCAUCGCCCACAACUGACUGCCGCAUCACCGACACCUAGCGCCGCACGCGACACCGCCCCUCCGUUUUUCUCUUCGCCCACAACUGACUGCCGCAUAAUCGUGAAGCGACGGCUUCCGUCGCCACCGUCCGGCAACCCUCGCCACCGCCUCACUGCCACCGUCCGGCCUGACCUGUCACCGCUAUCGACCUACUUUAGCCUAAAGAAUGAUAGCAGCAAUUUCUUGGGUCCCCAAAGGGGUGUCGAAGUCUGUCCCUGCUGCAGCCGAGCCUCCUUCAAAAGAGGAGAUUGAAGAGAUCUUAAAAAGUGGUGCCUUAGAGAGAAGUGAGGAUAGUGAGAGUGAAGACCAUGAUCAAGACAUGGACAUGGAUGCUUCCAAAGAGGGUGUUGAAGUUGCUCGCGCAUUAGCUGCAGCAAAUGCACUUGGCAAAGCUUCAACAACAAAUUUUCAGGACAUAGCUGACGCUUUACAGCAAUUGGACAUGGAACACUAUGAUGAGGAGGAUGAAGGUGUUGAGUUGUUCAGUGCAGGGCUUGGGGGCACUUAUUAUCCGAGUAAUGACAUGGACCCGUAUUUGAAGGAUAAUGAUGGUGAUGACUCUGAAGAGGACGAGGACAUGAUUAUAAAAGCUGAGGAUGCUGUCAUAGUUUGUGCACGUAAUGAGGAUGAUGUCAGUCAUCUCGAGGUUUGGAUUUAUGAAGACACAGCUGAUGGUGAUUCCAACAUGUAUGUUCACCAUGAUAUCAUCAUUCCAGCUUUUCCCCUGUGCACAGCAUGGCUUGAUUGCCCAAUUAAAGGUGGAGAAAAAGGGAACUUUGUAGCUGUAGGUUCAAUGGAACCAGCAAUUGAAAUAUGGGACCUUGACAUUAUUGAUGAAGUCCAACCAUCAUUAGUUUUGGGUGGCAUUUUCGAGAAGAAGGAAAAAGGAAAGAAGAAAUCAAUCAAGUACAAGAGUGACAGCCACACUGAUUCAGUACUUGGUCUUGCUUGGAACAAGGAGUACAGAAAUAUACUUGCCAGUGCUAGUGCUGAUAAACUGGUCAAGAUUUGGGAUCUGGCUACUGGUAAAUGUGAUAUCACGUUGGCACACCAUACAGACAAGGUUCAAGCUGUUGCGUGGAAUCAUCAUGCACCACAGGUUCUACUUAGUGGAUCCUUUGAUCACACAGUGGUGAUGAAGGAUGGAAGGAUACCUUCUCAUGCAGGAUUUACGUGGUCAGUUUCAUCUGAUGUUGAAAGCGUGGAAUGGGAUCCACACACCGAGUACUCAUUUGUGGUCAGUCUGGAAAAUGGUACAGUCGUCGGUUUUGACAUCCGAGCUGCCACAUGCAAUCAAUCUUCCAAGUCAAAACCAUCUUUCACUCUUCAUGCACAUGACAAAGCCGUUUGCACUGUCUCCUAUAAUCCUUUGGCACCAAAUCUUCUUGCAACUGGAUCCACUGAUAAAAUGGUAAAAUUGUGGGAUUUGUCUGACAAUCAACCGUCAUGCAUUGCAUCUCAGAAUCUGAAAAUUGGAGCGGUGUUUUCCCUUUCGUUUUCUGAGGAUAGCCCCUUUUUGCUGGCUAUGGGGGGCUCCAAAGGAAGAUUGGAAGUGUGGGAUACGUUAUCUGAUGCCGGGGUCGCCAGAAGAUUUGGGAAGUACGCUAAUCAGAAAAGGACUUAAUCUUGUUUCGUGAUAGUGUAUGUUAGAGAAUAAAGGUAUUAUUUUAUUUAUUAUUUAUGUUAGAAUUAGAAAGGGGGGAGGUUAGAAUAAUGGUCUCUUUUUUUUAAUUUAUUCUAUAUGUCAGAAUUAAAGGUCGGAUGUGUUUGUCUUUUUGCUAGUCUUCUAGAAGUUUGGUGGGUUUGGAUUUGGAAUGAGAUAUAUAUUUGUUUGGAUGAUGGAAGGAGUGCCAUGGAAUGAAUCGAUUACAUUACUGUCAUUGGGUUCUCUUCCAGCUUGCUCCUACGUUUAGGCGCAGUAGAUGUUGUUAACUAGCGUCAUUGUUCUGCGCAUUUUUUAAAAAGUCAGAAGUCCAUGGAAAUGGGCAAUUUUGAUUUUA